CACACGUGAAAGUGUUGUACGGAAAUCUGCGGCAAUAUUUGAGCGUUCGUUCGUCUGUCGUACAGUACUCUGGCUUCCCCUCCCCCUCUUCCUUUCCUCCUCCCCUCCUCUGUGCUCCGCUUUUCCCUCUUUCCUAUUAUCUUUCAUCUGAACCGUUCAUCCACAUACAAUCGCCUGCUUUCUGCUUUCUCUCUCCCGUGAGAAGGCAGCCUUCGUCCGAGAGCCGGGGCCACGGAGCUCUGAUUCCUCCCUUAUUAACUGCAUUAAUCUUUCCGAGCUCGAACGAUAAAAAAACCACACGCUAUCCCCUCUGGAAAAUUUGAGGGGUUGGCAAGGACAUGACUCUCUCUCCUAUGGCCCUCCCGCACAUUGUGCAGUGGAAAUGUGGCUUCCAGUUCCGGCCUUGACUUACUUCCUAAUUUCAGUCUCUUCGAAGGAAAUUCUCAUUCUAGAAGAGUCCAAAAGCAUGAACACUUGAGUGGGGCUUUUCAGGGAUUGCAUGGAAAUACUUACGCCAGUGCAUUCAGCAACUGUGUAAACAUAUAUUCGAUUUGGCUUAAGAUAUUUCAGAUGUGACGGAAUAAUUCUUAUUUUCAGGAGGAGAUUGACUAAUGAAAGUUUAAAUACGUAUAAAUAUCCUUGCAAAAUUCAAACUUUCUUUCUGCCUUUAAAAAAAAAAAUCCCAAGUGUACAUUUCCAGGAAACCUGGGUUGAGAACAAUGCACUGGCUUUCCACGAAUGACAAAAAACAAGAUUUACUUCAGCUCGCUCUGUGACGAGCAAAAGCGUGUUGUUAAAAAACAGGUUUUGUGCUUUUCGCAUGGCGAACGUGAGGCUGGGAUUUGAAAUUGGCUUUCAUUUUCACCAGAAGACAACAAAGGGGGGAUGUCAGCUUGAAUUAUCGCCCGUGGGCAGUCGAGGUCUUUAGACGCCGUGUGCGAUUGACCCUGUUGGUUCUUGUUGCUAUGAACUAGCUAAUUCAAACAGAUCCAGCUCACCCUCGGGGCAGGGCAAUAUGAACAGAGCGCCGAGGGAUUUUGACAGAACGGUGUGGUGCGAGAAACUACCAUGUGUUUUUUUCCAGCGCAGGCGUCUUGAUUUACCUAGCUGUGAUCUUACAUGCAAAGACGGGGAGGCUCAAAGAUCGAGUGCUUUUUUUUUAUCAUAACAUUUGAGCGUACGGCUUUUAUGCGUGCUUGAAUGCAUCUAUUGCAUGUUCUUAGCAGUUUGUCCUAAUCAGACAAAAAAAAAAGAGAUAACAGUAGCUGUGUUGCAAGAUAACCGGAUCCUGCUGGGAUGGUUUAGACGUCACAUAAUUUACGGUUGUAAAAGUUCACCUUCAUUACAAAUGGAGAAAACAGCUGGUUCUGUGUGGGAACGGAUGCGUGAAAUCCAGGGAUCUCUUCACAGAGGCAUCAGGCCUCCCAUAAUGAACGGCCCCAUGCACCCUCGUCCUCUGGUGGCGCUGCUGGAUGGCCGGGACUGUACGGUGGAGAUGCCCAUCUUGAAGGACGUGGCCACCGUGGCCUUCUGUGACGCCCAGUCCACCCAGGAGAUCCACGAGAAGGUAUUAAAUGAAGCAGUGGGUGCUCUCAUGUACCACACCAUCACCCUGAUGAGGGAGGACCUGGAAAAGUUCAAAGCACUUCGUAUAAUUGUCCGCAUUGGGAGCGGCUUUGAUAAUAUCGACAUAAAGUCUGCUGGAGACUUAGGAAUAGCAGUCUGCAACAUGCCAGCAGCUUCAGUAGAGGAGACCGCAGACUCCACCAUGUGUCACAUCCUAAACCUGUACCGACGCACCACCUGGCUGCACCAGGCUCUCCGGGAGGGCACGCGGGUCCAGAGCGUGGAACAAAUACGGGAGGUCGCGUCUGGGGCCGCCCGGAUCAGAGGAGAGACGCUGGGGAUCAUUGGCCUAGGGCGUGUUGGACAGGCAGUGGCACUCAGGGCCAAAGCAUUCGGCUUUAACGUGAUCUUCUACGACCCGUACCUGUCUGACGGGAUGGAGCGAGCCCUGGGGCUGCAGAGAGUCAACACCCUACAGGACCUGCUCUUCCACAGCGACUGCGUCACGUUACACUGCAGCCUCAAUGAGCACAACCACCAUCUCAUCAACGACUUCACCAUCAAACAGAUGCGGCAGGGCGCCUUCCUAGUGAACACGGCGCGUGGUGGUCUGGUGGAUGAGAAGGCUUUGGCCCAGGCUCUGAAAGAGGGCAGAAUACGGGGAGCGGCCCUGGACGUCCAUGAGACAGAGCCCUUCAGUUUCAGCCAAGGUCCUCUUAAAGACGCACCCAACCUGAUCUGCACUCCUCACGCGGCGUGGUACAGCGAGCAGGCCUCCAUUGAGAUGCGCGAGGAGGCCGCACGGGAGAUCCGUCGAGCUAUUACCGGUCGCAUUCCAGACAGCCUGAAGAACUGCGUCAACAAAGAGUUCCUCACACAGACCACGCAUUGGGCCGGCAUGGACCCUGCUGUUGUUCAUCCAGAACUCAAUGGAGCCUACAGGUACCCCGCCAGCGUAGUGAGCCUGGCUUCAGGGGGUCUGCCUCCGCCAGUGGAGGGCAUCAUGCCAAGCACCGUGCCCAUAACCCACAGCCUGCCCACCGUGGCCCACCCUCCGCACGCCCCGUCGCCGGGCCAAACCGGCAAACCCGAACCCGAUAGAGAGCAGCAUCCCAACGAACAGUUGUAGCCCCCUCUUCGCAGGCUCUCCGUACCACUAUAGAACUCUCCUGGUCCUUCUUUACCCCAAAGAAGAGGAGCGGAAACAGGCUCCCGGGCUCAGAACCAGCCACUAAAAACAACCACGACUCCGAAGUAGCCAACUCUUUGACUGAAGGUGGUGGACUGCGCUCUUUGAAGUAUCUAGUGGGAAAAAAACAACAACGAGAAAAAAGAGAAAAUCUUGUGGAUUUCCAACUUCUCCCUGAUGCAAAAUCCUGCUGUUUUAGAUUGUAGUCUGUCCAAGUGCAGUGGGCGAUCUUUUAUCUGUUAUUUUGUCUGUCUAAUGGGUUUCAUUGUUAAAACAACAGUAGCUAUUACAUGAAUGUAACCUGUUUGUGUACAGUUUUUAGGACAUGAUCAAUGGUUUGUUGAUGAGAAAAAAAAACCUGAAACAGCAUUAAGGGAGGCAUCUUACCACCUUGUUAUAGAUACGAUAACAAAAAGCAUACUAGUUUCGCUCGUUUGAUUUUAAAAGCCCCGAAAGAGGCGGGAUUUGCACACCCUCUCAGGAAAAUUUAUUUUCCCCCCUCCCUUCCUUUUAAAUUAAACCACAUAGUGCAUUGUUUUUUGUACCCAUUUGUCUUUUGUAGUCAAAAUUCAGUACAGUACUUUAAAGAACUACACUCAGUAUGUUUUUAUUUUUGGAGCAUGUAUUACUUUAUGUGUUAAAGGUUCAAAAGAAAACAGUAAACGUUCACGUUUUGAACAGAAAGAAAAAAAAAAAACAAACAAAACAAAUUUGUCUUGUGCAAAGCUGGCGUAAUGCUUGCCUGUUUGUGUGUGACUUGAUUGUACCGUGUUUUUCGAGGAUGCCGGGAUAGUUGCAGCUCUCCAUCGCCUACAUAGUUUCCUUCCUGGUAAAGUGGUAGGCUAGCAAUAUACAUACUAUAUAUACUAUGAGAUAUUAAUAUUUUUUGUUAAACAGAAUCCAAAAAGAAAUGUUUGUGACUGUAUGCAUUUGUAUGAAUUAUUUUAAAUGAAAUAAAAGUCUGAGUUAAACGACA